GCAUCAUUCAGAUUUUCCAAUUGACGGCCGCUUUCCUAUGCCGUCAUUUUCAGGCAAUCCAAUUGGACCGAGCAGUCCCUUUAGUUGUCUAUCUGACACCAUUUCUGCAGGUAUACAGGGAGCCAGGCAUGUUCAAAUCGGAGUCCCUUUAACAGAUCUCCACCUUAGCAACAAACUGCAGUUGGGACUGUUACCAUCCAGUGUCCUGCAUCUUGAUCCCCAUGGUAAAACUUCUGAUAAUAUUGUUGGAAGCCACAUGGAUAGUAAUGAAAAUAUAUCUUGCUUGUUAAGCAUGGGGAAUUCUAGUAAGAAGUCGGAGAAAACUGACCAUGUAGUAACACCUCGGUUUGUACUCUUUGGUCAGCCGAUACUCACUGAGCAGCAGAUGUCUCUUGAUUGCUCCAGUGAUGCAGUUUAUAAAGUGUCAUCCGCAAGGAGUUCCUCAGGUGGGACACCAUUCAAGGCUGAAAACUUUGUUUUUGACCAACAACGUACUCCUAAGAGUUUGUCUCUGUGGAAGCCAGGCUGUCAUGCAGCUAAACUUGGACUGGAUACUGGUCACUGCAAAGUAUUCUUGGAAUCAGAGGAUGUGGGCCAGACCCUUGAUCUGUCAGUUCUUGGAUCAUAUGAAGAGCUAUAUAAAAAGUUAGAACACAUGUUUGGGAUUGAAAAAUCUGAAAUGGUGAGUCGUGUGUUCUAUAGAGAUGCAGCAGGUUGUGUUAAACAAGCUGGAGAUGAGUCGUUCGGUGAGUUCAUGAAGACAGUAAAACGAUUGACGAUUCUCGGGAGACCCAGUAGUCAAAGUGCUGAAAGGAAAUUGAUUAUUGGUGUGCCGACUGCUGAAUGUGGACUAGAUUCUUCUAACCGAGCAGGACCCAUGAGCGUAUUUGUUUAGUAGCAUUCGAGUCGAAGUAGGAAAUUAUGUAUGAAUGUCUUGAUAAAAUUGUGGUUGUUUACUCUAUCAGGUAGGAAUUUGGAAGAAACUUGACCAAAGUAUGUUCAAUGGAUUGAUGAUAUGGCUUCAAUUUUGUGAAGUUUCCACCAUCAUGUCUAGCUAAGGGUAUAGCUUAGUUUGUGUGUAUUUUUCAUGAGAUUGUUGAUGCUAGUCUUAUAUUUUAUUUUUUAUUCUUUUGAUUAUGUGCAUUA